CACCUGCCGUCCACUCAACCUCUCUUUCUCUGUCCGUCAUUAACUCGGAACUUCCAACCUGUGCCACGAAGCAACAUUCAUCCUCAUUGUCAUCCUAUUUUGGCUCUGCCACCGCAAGAUCUACCCUUAUUGCAAUCAAGUAAACAACAGCGUCAUAAUUAGGUUGCAAACUUCCGUCGACUGUCGUCACGAAUAAAAAUUUGUCGUCGCCUUCAGAUCAAAUGAUCGCGUCUCCUAGAUGACCUUCCCUCCCCCUCCUCCUUCCUCCCAAUCGUCGAUUGCUUCUGGCACCGAUAAGUCUUCCACGAUCAGACCUGGAAGGUCACAGCAAUCUGCCUGGGGUCCAUCCGUGUCCCAGUCCAGCGUUCGCCGUGGACUGACUCCGCUUGCGACCAACAAUCUCGCAUCGUCAUCUUUCCCCUCUGCCUCUUCCCGAGGGCCACCUCAGUCCAGUAGUCCUGGUCCGGGCGGUUCAACUUCAUCUCCUUUGACCUCCUCCUUCUCUGCGGUUCUGAGUUCCGCACGAGGCUUUCCAGGCGGCCGGAACGCGCCCUCACCUGCCUCCACACCGUCACCAUUCACCUCCUUCCAAUCUGGCUCGCAACAACAUCAGCAGCCCGGACAAUCUCUCUCGUCUCCUAAAUUCAGAGCCCAUACCCCGUCGUCUGGGUCACAUCUGGCUUCCACAGCGGGUUCUAUCGCGGGUGGUGGAGGCUCCGGGGGAGGCGGAGGUGGGACGGGAUCUUCCAGAGGCGCCACCUUCUCUCCGUUGUCAUCUGGGACAACGGUAAACUCACCUACAGGGUUUCCUUCUGACAAAUCGGGCUCGGCAGCUGCAGCUCACGCAAGCCAGUCUUCGUUAACAAAAAUAUCUAUCGCUCAAGUAUUUCUUCUCCUAGAUUCAAUUACGGAGAAAGAAGGUCGAGAGAAGUGGGACACGAAAGCUGGUCAGAUUCAUAAAGUAAGCCAAUUUAUCUUUGUUCGGAAUCCUUGCAACGCGAACUAUCGCUAAUGUAUUGUUGCUUCUAGCUUGUUGAGUCCAACGGCAUGGAGGUCUUUUCCAAAUAUUUCAGGCGCCUUCUCACAGGUAACGCCCCUCAGAUCUUUCCCGGUGUGAAUAAGUCUGUGGAAAAUGCCGGGAACUAUCCUCUCCUGGUGCAAGAGAUGCAAAAGGUAUCUCAAGACAUCGAAC